AUGAAAACAGGAAUUCGUUCAACUGAGCGUGCUGUUGCGUGGAUCGGCCAAGCUGAAACGGUGGCUGAAUUGGCUUCCAGGGGAAAGAAGUCGUUGCUCUUCCUUCCUCUCUUCCUGUUCGACCGCCUUCCUUCCGUCCAGUCUUUUAUUAGUCGCCUCUCGGGCCGUGAUUUUAACGCCAGAUUGUUGGAUGGCCUGCGCUAG